AUGUUCCUGAGCUUAUUAGAAGGGAACUUGAUACAUCCUCUGAUUGAAAGAAAUCAUCUUCGCGCGAUUUCCGACAUCGCCACUGGAACAGGGAUUUGGUUGCAAGAUGUCCGCAACGCAUUUGACAACGCCCGUCCGUUCCCUUUGCUUCAAGGAUUCGAUGUCUCCAGUGCGCAGUUUCCAAGUGAUCUGGAUAAAUUAAGCUUCUCAGUGCAAAAUGUACUGAAUCCAUUCCCACCGGACGAGCUCAAUCGAUAUGAUUUGGUCCAUGUUAGGUUCCUCCAACCUGGCUUGGAGGAGUCUGAUUAUCAACUUGCUGUGACAAAUAUGGUAUCUAUCAUUAAACCGGGAGGUUAUCUGCAGUGGGAAGAAGAAGACUGCAGUAGAUCUUUCAAACUGAUGACCACCAUACAACCACAAUUGCAAGAAAUUGUGGAUGAUUAUGUUGGCUAUGCAAAGUUUCACGGCUUCAGCCUUAAUGCCCCUGAAGCUAUUGUGAAGGCAUGUGUAAACGCAGACCUCAAAGUGAUUAGCAAGACUUUCCAAAACACAGUGAAUGCGCCGCCCGAGCAGCUUUCUCAUAUUAGGUCUUUUUUUCGUCGAUCGCUGGCAAUGGUGUUGCCAGUUGCCUAUUGUGAUCAAGGGCUCGUUCAUGAUGAACACGAAGGGCAGACCAUGUAUCAUAGGAAGAUUAGCAAGGUGAUGAGGCUUUUUGAGGAAGGGUUAGUACUUGAUGAUGUUUUCGCAAGCAUUCUCUGCCAGAAGGCCUAG